AUGUCUCCAUCCGUUUCUCUAUCUUCAGGGGGCCCCCUGGCUGCUGUGUUUGCUGCUGGGGGCCCCCGUCAAGGGCCUCAGGAGGGCCCCUCCCCGGGGUCCAUCGGUGUUCCUAAGGAUGAUUCAUCUAGGGGGCCCCCCAGGGGCCCCCAUGGGGGCCCCCAUGGGGUCCCCCCUGGGGGGCCCCCUGGGGGGCCCCCUGAGGGGCCCCUGGAUGAGGGGGGGGCCCUUGAGGGGCCCCCCCCGUGGCUGUGGCCGGAGACUGUCUCCUUUGUGCUGCAGCAGCAACUCGGCCUGUCUCCUUCUGUCUUACCCUGCAACACAGCAAAAGCGAGCAGUCUCCUUCGUGCGUUACGUUUUAUAAAGCGGCUGCUGCAGGUGUUGCUGGAGAGUGGGGGCCCCCCCCCUCCCCAUACAACAAUACCCAGUGAUAAGAAGGGGAAGGGGGGCCCCCGGGGCCCCCAUAAGGGCCCCAUAGGGGGGGCCCCCGGGCUCCCCCCUGUACCCAGCAACCUGCUGUCUCCUCGUAUUAAAAAAACCAUAGAAAACUGCUACGCUUCUCUAGAAGAUGCUGAGGGGGGACUGUGGCUGGAGCUGGAGCAGCUGGAGGCGGAGGAGACACCUAGCUACCCCAGGGUUGCUGCUUAUAUAACAGAUAUCACAGCCAAGCUGAAGGCUUUGGCCCCCGGGUCUGCGGCGUUUAUACCUGGAGGGGUUCGUCUCGAUGAGGAGAUGGCUCCGGUGCACAUGUUGUUUGUGGUGUACAGACACCCCCACGACAGCAGCAGCAGCAGCAGCAGCAGCAGCAGCAGCAGCAGCAGCAGCAGCAGCAGCAGCAGGGUUGCAGCAGCAGAUAAAGGAACAGGAGACUAUCUAGAAACACAAACAAAUGCAAGGAGACAGUUUACUGUGGCUCUCAUCAACACCUCAGGGUUUGGCCACGAGUACCACGCAUUCGCUAUAGAGAAAUGCCCCUCACCAGGGUUUGAGGGGGGCCCCUGCUGCUAG